CCGCCUGCGGGGGAGCCGAGGGCCGCGCGCGGCGCCGUCGCAGCGCGGGCGGAGAGGGAGCGGGGGGCCCGCGGCGGGCGAGCGGGGGCGCGCCCCGUGGCUGCGCGGGACCCGGCCGUGCCCCGGGGCGGGGGGCGGCGCCGGUCCCCGAGCGCGGUGCGGCUCGCCCGGCGGCCCCCGGUGCCCGGAUGUCCGUGAGCCCCGGCGCGAGCCCAGGCUCCGGGAGGGGGGCGGAGGCGGCGCCGAGGACGCAGCGGCCGCCGAGCAGCGGCAGCAGAGACGCGGGCGGAGGGGCCCGCCGGUCCAGGGCGCCGAUGGACCCGGGCCGCCGGGCCGUGUGAGCCGAGCCAUGGCAGCCCACUCCAGCCUGUACAAUGAAGAUAGAAACCUGCUUCGAAUCAGAGAGAAGGAAAGACGCACCCAAGAAGCUCCCCAGGAGAAAGUGCUGUUCCCGGAGAAGGCCCCGCUGUUCGCAGAGCCCUACAAGACUGCAAAAGGCGAUGAGCUGUCGAGCCGGAUCCAGAACAUGCUAGGCGACUACGAGGAGAUGAAGGAGUUCCUGAGCACCAAGUCCUGCCCCCCGCGCCUGGGUGGCUCCGAAGACAGGCCAGGGAAGCCGAGGUACCCUUCCUUCCACGACAGAGGCAGCAGCGUGACACCCAGCUCCUUCCGCACACACGUCUACCACCAGCCUACCCACACUUCCGCCCCUGGGUCGCUUUCCGUCAGCAACAUUAGCCACAGUCCAAAGAUGGCACCGCCAAGGAUGGAACCAGUGCCAAGCCUCCAUGCCAAAAGCUACGGUACGCCCGACGGCCCACAUCUGCCUCAGGAUCGCCUCAGCCAGGGCCACUGUUCCAGAACGGGUGACCGCAGAGCUGACGGAGACUCGGCCCCGGAGAGGAAGCUCUCGCCCUCAGUCUCUUUGCCAUCCCCGGUGACCCCUUUGUCACCUGUACAUUCCAGGCUGCAAGGAGCCAGCAAGGCUCACAGCGCUGGCACCAGCAGUAAAAGCUACUGUGCAGCCGCGUCUUCCAAGGACCUGGUGGUGAAGGGCCAGGAUAAAGAGACUCCUCACGACAGUUUGGUGGCAGUCUCCAGCCUCGGAGUGGCCCCCCAACCACCUUGUCAGACAUUUCCACCCCCUCCCCUCCCCUCAAAAAGUGUUGCAAUGCAGCAGAAGCCCACAGCGUAUGUCCGACCCAUGGACGGUCAGGAUCAGGCUCCCACCGAGUCCCCUGAGCUGAAGCCGCCACUGGAGGACUAUGGUCAGCAAAGUUUUGAGAAACCAGACCUUAAAGUGCCUGCCAAAGCCAAGCUGGCCAGACUAAGGAUGCCCUCGCAGUCGGUGGAGCAGACAUACCCCAGUGAAGCUCACUGUGUGGAGGAGAUCCUGAAGGAAAUGACCCACUCAUGGCCGCCUCCUCUGACAGCCAUCCACACGCCCAGUACCGCCGAGCCGUCCAGGUUUCCUUUCCCGACAAAGGAGCCUCUGCACAGCAGCUCUGCAACCCAAAGCCAAAAACAGUAUGAUGCGCCUUCAAAAACCCACCCUAAUUCCCAGCAAGGAACAUCCAUGCUCGAGGAUGACCUGCAACUCAGUGAUAGUGAAGACAGCGACAGCGACCAAGCCGCCGAGAAGCCUCCGAGCCCACCUGCACCUCCAAGCGCUCCACAAACGCUUCCCGAACCCGUGGCAUCGGCACAUUCCAGCAGCGCGGAGUCGGAGAGCAGCGAGUCGGACAGCUCCUCAGACUCGGAGAGUGAGAGCAGCUCCAGCGACAGCGAGGAGAACGAGCCCCUGGAAGCCCCAGCUCCCGAGCCCGAGCCUCCAGCAACAACGAACAAAUGGCAGCUAGACAACUGGUUGACCAAAGUCAGCCAGCCUGCCGCUUCCCUUGAGGGUCGAGGGAGCACGGAGUCUCCACGCUGGCGCCAGGAAAGUAAGGGUGGUGGUGACCACAGCACUGACCAGCAGCAUCCUGAAUCCAAAGACCCUCCCCCCAAGAGUUCCAGCAAAGCUCUCCGGGGUCCCUCUGAGGGGCCACAGCCUGGGAAGAGAAGCUGUCAGAAAUCCCCUGCUCAACAGGAGCCCCCGCCUCGGCAAACUCUCGGCAGCAAACAACCCAGAAAACCCGUCAAAGGCUCUGGCCAGGCAGAGCCCCAGGCCAGCUUGCAGGUGGAGAGCGAACCAGGACCCCUUCCCUAUGGCUCAAAAGAGCAGACUUCUAAAGACAAACCCAAGGUGAAGACGAAAGGCAGACCGCGUGCUGUGGGCAGUAAGGAGCCAAAGCCUGGGGCUCCUGCACCCGUGCCUCAGGCAGCCGGGCCCACGUCUAUGGAGAAGAGGAAGCGUAAGCGCUCCCCAGCCCCCUCCAAGGCCCUCCCAGGCCCUCAGCCCCCAAAGGACAGUGCUGGGGACAGCAACCCCAAGCACUCUGCUCCUGUCUCCUUGACCCAGAGCCAGGGUCCACUCCACAGUGGCAGGGGCAGCGGCGUCAGGACUAGUGGCUGCCGACAGGCUGUCAUUGUCCAGGAGGAUGGUGGAAAAGACAAACUCCUGUUGCCUUUGAGAGACACCAAACUGCUCUCACCGCUCAGGGACGCGCCACCACCGACAAGCUUGGUGGUGAAGAUCACCCUCGACCUUCUCACUCGGAUUCCCCAGCCCCUGGGGAAGGGGAGCCGCCCCAGGAAAGCAGAAGACAAGCAUCUGCCGGCUGGGAAGAAGCAGGACCUGGAGAAGAGGAGCUGCGACAGCUCCAGGAGGAUGACCAAGAAGAGGAAGGGUGACCCAGAAAAAGACCACGAUAGCAAGAAAAUGAGACUGGAGAAGGAACUCAAGUCUCAGACUGCAUCGUCUUCCUCUUCCCACACAGAAUCUUCCAAAACAAAGACCCCCAAGCCCUCCUCAGAGUCCUCAAGAAAGGAAAUGCUUCCUCCUCUACCUGUGUCAGCCUCCUCCUCGUCUUCCUCCUCCUCGUCUUCCUCCUCCCAGAAGCCAAGCAAACCUGCACUCAAGCGGUCAAAGCCGGAUGCAGACACCUGUAGCCAGGACCCUCCCCGAAGUGCCAGCAGCACCAAGAGCAGCUCCAAGGACUCCUCUGUUCCCAAGCACAGAAAAGUCCAGGCCAGGGGCUCUGAGCACAAAGGAUCUUCUGAAGAUGCUGCAAAUCCUUUUCCAGUGCCUUCUUUGCCAAACGGUAACUCCAAGUCAGGGAAGCCACAAGGCAAGUCUGACAGACAGCGAGCUGAUUUUCACAUGAAGGAGGCUAAGAAGUUGAAGUGCAAGGCUGAGGCAAUGGCGGACAAGGCCGGAAAGGCUUUCAAGUAUUUGGAGGCCGUCUUGGCUUUUAUUGAGUGUGGGAUGGCCAUGGAGUCUGAAAGCUCGGCAAAGUCCGCGUUCGCUGUGUACUCGGAAACGGUGGACCUCAUCAAGUUCAUGAUGUCACUGAAGUCCUUCUCAGAUACCUCGGUGCCAGCACAAGAGAAGAUAUUUGCAGUUUUAUGCUUGCGUUGCCAGUCUCUGGUGAACAUGGCGAUGUUUCGAUGUAAAAAAGACAUAGUCAUGAAGUAUUCUCGCACGCUUACUGACCACUUCAAGAGUUCUUCCAAAGUGGCGCAGGCACCUUCUCCGUGCACGGCAAGAAGCACGGGUGUUCCGUCCCCCCUCUCCCCAAUGCCUUCUCCUGCCAGCUCCGUGGGGUCCCAGUCAAGUGCUGGCAGUAUGGGGAGCAGCGGGGUGACGGCCACCGUCAGUACCCCAGUCGCCAUCCAGAAUAUGACCUCCUCCUAUGUCACCAUCACCUCCCACGUCCUUAAAGCCUUUGACCUUUGGGAACAGGCAGAGGCUCUUGCAAGGAAAAAUAAAGAAUUCUUUGCUCAGCUCAGCACAAAAGGACGCAUCUUGGCCCUCAACAGCAGCCUGGUAGACCUGGUGCACUACACAAGACAGGGUUUGCAGCGGCUGAAACAGGCCUCCAAAACUCCCUAAUGCAGGCCGGGCUGGCUGGAUUCCUCGGGAUGUCUGUGCUCAAGCGGAAACCUUGAUCCAGCAUGGACCGUUGUCUGAGCUGCGUGUCAAAGAAGAGAAGUGCUGUGAACUGCCGGGAUGCUUGUCUUAACUCACAGGAGCUGCGUGGCCACUGGAGGGACGAUGGUCAGCAGAGCGGAUGGCGGGAAGUGAUCUUGCCUUUCUGGAAGGAAGGGCGGAAGUGCAGUGGAGCCUGAGUGGCCUACGAAUGGUCUAGAAACAUUUCUGAUUUUUCUGUUUGUUUGUUUGAACAACAGGAUACACAUUGCAAAUGAGAGGAAGAGAACAAGUUUUAAGUCUGAUAACAAAUUCUUGUCAUCUCAGUAGCCACACUAGUUCAUGUCUGGAAGGAGUUUUAAUUUUUAUUUUUUGAAUAAUAAUUUUUGGUGAAGGGUUCUAUGGGUAUUUUUUUUUUCUUUUCGUGUUUUAAAGGAAACGUUUAGUGCAUUCUAGUGGCCACCUGUAAAGCAGACGUGAAGGCCACUCCGCUGCUCCUCCCCCUGCGGCGAACAGUGGCGCUGAUGACCCCCAGAGGUUCCGUCUGGAGUGUCCCUCCCUCCCAGUGCCUGGAGCCCUGCACACUGUCUAGCCCUGGGCCCUCUGGCUCUGCUUGCUGGAAAGCCUCCCUCAGCCCAGAGGGGCAGCAUUUAGAUGUGGGAGCCACCGUGCGGUCUUCCCCACACCUCCGGAGGCCUCACAUUUCCUCCUGCCGCACUCAGGGGAAGGAACUGGCCGGGCAGCAUGCUCGGCGUGGUGUGGCUCGGGCAGAGGGAGCCGUGUCCACCUUGGGCAGGAGGCUGGCACACUUGGGCGCGUCUGCUGGAGCUGGAAUCCAGGUGCUGACGGGACUGUGGCUGCUCGUGAACCCGAGAGCAGGGUGAAGUCUUCCUAGAGAGGCUGUAUUUUUCUGCUACAAAUAUUUUAUAUUUAUAGCAAAACUCAACUUUCUAAAGCCCUUGACUGACUGCCCAGGGGACAUUGGCCCCCUGAGAGGAUGUGGAGACUUGGGGGAAGGGGACAGUUAAUUCAACUUAAAAAAAAAAAAUCCACUACCAUACAGCUUCAUGCAGACCAUGUUCUCAGGUGUCACAAUUUGAUGAGGUUGGGAAGACCCGUGACCUCAUGGCUACACCCCGUCCACAUACAUUGGCAUCACUGACAGGAAGUGAGAACACACCAGACUUCACACCUGCCUCUAAGCACAGGCUGGUCAUUGCACCUUUGAAGGUCAUCGCUGAAUAUGCUUGAGUGCAGUGGUUGGUUUUUGUUUUGUUUUUUUCCUUCUAGAAAGUAGAAUUUGCACAUGCAUUCACAUGGAGGUAACUGGUUUUUCACCCACUCACUGUCUCUGCCUCCUGCCAGCCAUGUUUGUGAGUUCGCAUUUAUAGAUCAGUGGAGACCACCUUUCCUUAGCAAGGACGCCUGUGGUCCCCGUGGUAAGACAGAGACUCUCUUGGCACCUUGGUCAGUCUUCACAGGGACUCUGGGCGAGUGCUGUGCCUGCUUUUCCGGGGCACAGUGUGUGCUCCUCUCUGUGCGGUGUUCCUCGGUCCUCUCGGCCUUUUAUCCUGGUUUGGAUAAAGCCUUGUGCAUAUCUGAGCAUAGGCCACGGCUGGGACCCGGCUCAGCAGGUUUAUUAUGUUCUGAAGCAAAGCCCUUUUCCUCUCUGCGGCUCAGAUAACAGUGUGUGGGAGGUUGUCACCGAGCUCUUGCAUGGCUGCCUGUCAGUUGUGAAUGGGUAUGAUCCUUGUGGCGAAUUUUGUGAGAACAUGUGUGUGUUCUACCAUCGGACCACUGUGCCCCUUGACCGGGCACACUCACCCGUGCAGGAAGAACAGGCUGCAUCAUUCUUGGUAUGGACAUGUUUCCUCAACUCUGUAUACUACGAUUUGUACCUUUAGAACUAACCGAGUUGGACAGGUGCAUUUGUAUCAGGUUGGUGUGUAGCUCUUGCUGGUUUUCCCACAACUCUGUACCUGAAGCGGGAGAGCCGCCUCUGGUCAGUUCUGUUCUUGGUUUCACUGGAGAAACCUGAAGCCUCUUUGAAGCCAUUUGCACUUUUCACUGUAUGCUUAUAGUCAGUUCCCAAAGGCAAAUUAAUUUGGGAGGACUAUAAAAUGAACCCUUUGAAUGUGUGAUGCUCUGAUAACCAUAGAGAACACACAUUUCAUGGUGAGGAGUGAAUAAAUCAAUCUUGCCUUUGUCUCUACAAAGGGUGUGUGUGCCUGUCUGUCUGCAAUAGAAAGUAGAGGAACACACUUUUUUCCAAGUGUUGAAUGUUUUCUAUUUUGGAAAUAAGUAAAAUUUCAUACAUGUAAAAAGCCCUGCUAUGUCAUAAAAAGCAACGCUGCUAAAACGGGUUGCCAAGAGGGCAGGCCAUGCAGAAGCAGGACAGGAGAGGUGAGCAAGCGCUAGCCAGUGGUCCCUUGCACUUGCACGGGAAAUAGCUGUAUUUUUCUUUAAAAAAAUUUUGUAGAUGUUUUGACAAAAACGUCUUAUCCAUUCCCUGGACAGACUGGACCACCCCCACCCAGCCCCAUCUGUGUUUGCUAGGUCUUAGGAAGCUUAGCACACUCUUCCCUGUCAUGAUUGAAAAUGUGCUUUAGCUGAUACCUUACAUGUUGAUGGUAGGGACAGACUCUCAUUCUACGAUUCCUGUUUGGAAACUGUCAGGACUGUGUGCCUCAGUGAUGGCAGAGGGUUGGCAGGCUUGGCCAGACAGAUCUGUGCCUUUGUACCAAAUCUAAUUUCUGAAGUGAUGCUGUUCAUUUUGCCACAGCUUCAAGUGGUUUCACGGGUUUUCUGUUUACUUUCCUGCUUUGUGAAGUUUGAAGUGAGUUGGUCAAUAUAUAUAUAUAUUUUAAUAUAUAUAAAAUCUUUCCACGCCUCCUACAGAUUCCUUCUUUUUCUUAAUGAUUCAUUUCCCCAACACUACAAAAUGUCUUUGAAAAUUUACCAUUUCAUCUGUUUCAAUCUUUACCACCGAUUAGAGUAUUUAAAUCUCCUAAGAAUAUUUUGGGCUCCUUUUAGAAACACAGAAGUAUAGGCUUUCUCACUGAGCUGUGGAGAUGCUAUGAUCAACUUUGAUGUUCCUCUCCUGCCUAUUUUGGUUGGUUUUGGUCUAUUUGGAAAUAAUGGAUGUGAGGGCUUUUCCUGUGCCUUUAAUUUGACAUUCUGCGGAAGGGCAGAAGGGCAUGGUGUUGGGAUGUUCCUUCAAAAUCUGCAAGUGGUAUUUGUGCCAGGUACUCCUCCAGCGUGCCGUCCAAUUAUGCUGAUUCCCCAUUGGCUGAGAACAAUUGCUGAAUGCCCAUGCUGUCAUGGACACACUGACAAACACCAUUGACAUUUCUUCAGGCGACUGUCAGUUUCUUGGUUCCUUGGGGCUGACUCACACUUUAUUCUGUUCUGCUGUGCACCUGACAUCAGCAGUGACCAUGAUGUGCAGACAAGUGCCUCUUUCCCUACCUAAGAGGGAGCCAGAGGACAGGGCGGAAGCCUGGAGCUCCCUGUGGGCCUGUGUAUUGCUACACUGUCCAUGGGACACUGGGAUAGGCCAGCCACAGGCAGGCCACGCUGCACUGUUGGGCCGGGCAGUGGCUGACCUAAGGGAGAUGAACUCGCUUUGUCUUAGCAAUGCUCAGUACAGGCAGUAUUAAGUUUGCUGUUUGUUCAGGCCAUGACAUGUGGUGUACAUCCUCAUGAUAUCAGGCAGACACUGCUCAUGUUGCGGUGUGUGCAUGUGUGUCCCGAAUCUUUUUUUUUUUUUUUUCUGAAUGUGAUCAUGUUUUGGAUGAUACCUGAGCAGGGUUUGCCUUUUUUUAUUUAUUACCAUUAUAUAUUAUAUUAUAUAUAUUAUAUAUUUUCUUUCUUAUAAUGUUAGAGAAAAGUCAAAUCUUGGUAUUAUUAAAAUUGCUUUAAAGAGGAGUAGGUUGUCCGGGUGAUACUGAAAUCGCUGGUCUGCCUUUAGUGAGUCUUUGCUUACCGUGGAGUAGGUGCCGGCUAGCACCGGUACAAUGGUUUUGUCUGCGGGCGAGGAAGCACUGAUCUCCCAGCGAAGAUGCGCAACGCAAAUCCGCGGAAACGCCACAUCACCUUGUUUUUGUGUUUUAAUCAGCUUCAGCAAUAGAACUGCAAACUUGGCUUUCGUGAAUAAAAUUUAGCUGCCUUGUGGAAUCCUUUGAAAGAGGCAGACAUGAUCUGUGAGAGAAUUCUUUUUUUUUUUUUUAAGAAAAUCUGCGAAAGAUCUUUCCAAAGAUAAUGUGCCACAGGUCUUUUUUUUUUCUCUGUAAUGAGGAUUAAGUGCUGUUUUUAAAAAAUGUAAUUGACUUGUUCAUCUUCACAGUCUUUCCUUUCCACAAGAUCCAACUGUAGAAAAAAAAUAUUUAAUAAAAAUUUAGAGAAAUCA